CGUAAGCACUUUGACAACGUCCUUCGUCUGUGGCGUUGCAGUUGUGUCUUCUGUUGUAGUUAUGUCCUCGCACCUGAUAACCAAUAGAAUGCGGUUUUAUUUCUUCCGAUCCAAGCGUUGUGAACGUGUCUUCUGCGUAUCACUUCCCAACUAGGGGAGGGAUGCAAUGUUAAAAAAUUGUGAGAAGAUCGUUAAGAUUUCCGCGUUCGAAGUUUGAGAAUUUCUUGGGCUAUCUUUGUUUCACAGGCUAUCCUUGUUUAAUGGGCAAUCCUUGAUGCCUUUUGGGACACUUCGGAUUGGUGAAAGAUUAAGAUUCUGGUUGCGUUUUUAAUUGCGAAUUAUUAGCGUAAUUUUCUUCGAUAUGUUGGAAAGCUUAGGAAGACGAGAAUUUGAUAUUGCCUCGUGGCUUCUCUUAUUGGUUUGGAGUGCGCUGGUGAUCGAUUUUCUGUAUUUUGCGUAGGACACGCAAAACUAGAUGUUACCUAUUUAAAAAACAGGACAGAUCUCGGUGUUUCAAUGACCAAAAAUUUGUGAUUUUCUUCCAGCCUCAAAAUAAUUUUUGUUACGUUUCAUGUAGCAAACUCAAAGUGUCUACACUGAUGGCUAUCAUGGAUACAGUGGAAGACAUGUAUUCAUUGUAAAUGUAUGGGACUACGCAAAAAUUCAACCUCUGGUAUGGUUGAUGUCAAACAUCACAUAUCCUGGAAAGUUAACUCAAACUGCUAACACGUAUAAUGAAGAUCUGGUCUCUUUUACAAAGGAUAGGGUGCUCUCUCCCAUGCUCUCCAGCAAGUAACAGUUGGGUUACAAUGCAUUAAAUCAUUCUCUUUGCUUAACCAGAAGGGAACAGUUUGCAGCAAAAUUACUCUUCGCUUGAUAAUAUGUGCUUCUCUAUUUAAUUCAGGGGCUGACAUAUGCCACUUUCUUGCUUUUGAUCUAUUUAGAAUAAAGUCCCUUGAACUAAAUUAUGAGGAAUAUGGUAAUGAUAUGUAUAUGUUUACCACAUUUUACAUACUUUUUCAACUAUGCGUUACAAACAUCAAAAUGAAAUAAAUAUUAAUUCAUGCACAAAUGAAUACUUAAUUCAAUACAGACUAUUGCCUAUUAUUAGCAAUUAUUGCUCCUACAUGUGUUAGCAAGAACUUGGUCUUGUUGGCAUUCAUUGUGAGCAUUUGGUGAUCCAUAUAUUAGUGGAGACACUCUCUGCAACUAUCUUUGUGUAGAAAAUACCAAUCCUUUCACCCUUACUUAAUUUCAUUCAUACAGGCCUGGAUGAGAACCAACAGCAAAGUAAACAAAAGUGCAAUGAGGUGGUAAGCUCCAUUGUAAACAUUUCCUUGGCAAAUUAUGCACUAGUUAUAAAGAGGUAUAUGUUGUGCUUAAUUUUUGUUCUUGGUUUAAACAUCAUUUUCCUUUGGUUUUGUUAAUGAUACAAAUAAAAAAUGCAUUUUGUGUAAAGAAAGAUAAAAUUUAGCUCGAUCCUAGCCUAAGUUAUGGUGAGAUGAUAUGUCACUAUCAAUUUGGCCUCUAUUAAAAGUAAAAGAAUUAAACUAAGGAUAAAACUAAACCACAGCAUACCUAUAUUAUAACCCUCAUUUUAUUUGUAACAAUAUUUCUAUUUUUUCUGGUGUUCACCCAAUAGAUUCAACCCACUUACAGACAAAGAUGGCACCUGUGCAUUUUACUAUUACUCUUAGGCUAAGGCACAUGUAGAAAGCAAUAUUUCACAAAACAACAACAUUAUGUAUGCAAGGUUUAAAUUUUUCAGACCUUUACUGCUUGUUUUUAUGAGUGGUUCCAGGAUUUUCUUGCGCAAAGAGUUCUGGUUGAAUGUACCAGUUGCCAUGUUUUUUUGGAAUGGUGGUUUACAGUAAUUGUUGUAUGAAGUAACCUUCACCAAUAUUAAUUUUGUGAACUUGUCACUGACAAAGAGCUAGUUCAUGAUUAAACAUUGAUCAUUUCAUUGAUUGCCGUGCUCUGCAUUUAUCAUUGAAGUACUGAUUAACUCCUUCGCCAUCUGAGUAAUUGCAUUAAAGAUACUGUGUUAGAAAUCACAGGGCCGUAGCCCAAAACUAAUGUCAUCCUCAGUGCAAUUUCAUUUUUUGAGCAAGGAAAAGGUAAAAAUCAAACAAAACCACACAGACAUCAUCACAGAGACACCAUUUCUAUGUAUAAUGUUUACAUAGUUAUAGUUACAUGAAAGCUACUCUAUUCAUUAAUUCAGUGUCAAUACUCUCCCUCGUAGCAGCUAUAAUUUUUAGCCAACUUGGGAAAUAGUGGCCUAAAAUGGACCCUUUUGGACAUCCAAACUUUUAAAUUUCCAGGGGAAGAUUCCCCAGACUUUGUCAUCCAAGUGGGAACAAAUGGCUGCCACCCUGUCAUUUUGGUCCCUCCAGCUGCUCAAACGUUGUCCCUCCUUUCCACAAUCUUACCAAAGCCCCCAUAUGUGUAGUAAUAAAAACAUUAAAGUGAAGUGUGCUAUCUCAGCAAGAGAUGAUAAUCAUGCACACUUUUAAGUGAGUCAUCCUGAGCAGAUGUUUGGUGAGGUAUUGCAUUCUGUGCUCAAAAUCUAGUGUACAUAGAGCUGGGAAAAAAGAAAGGGGUGUAGAAGUCAUUCAGGUCGGUUAAUUGCUCCAAGCUCUAAUUGGAUACCACUGCUCAUUUGGUUAUCUUUCUUGCCAAUACUCUUUCCAGUUAUUUGGGUUUUCUUGGAAACUCUUCCCAUUGAGAAGAAACAUGAUAUGUGUUUACAAAUUAAAAGCAAAGAAAAGUGAAAAAAAUAGGAGAGUAACAAGAUGGUAUCAAAGACAGUGGUACAAUUUUUUUUGCAGUAGGGUAGUUUUUUAUUUUUUAAUCCGAGUUUUAGCCUAAGUAUGUCUAAGUUUCUACACGUGUUGUUUAGUCUUGUGAUUUCUUGCUUUAAGAAGUGAGGUAAAAUUGUUUGAAUUUGUUUUUUCAUUACAGCCACUUGAGUAUGUAAAUGGAAAGAAAACACUCUGAAAAAUGAUGGUAAGGAACACAUAGCUUGAAAGUAAUUUGGCAAAAACGGCAAAAGAAAGGAGCCGGGAUGAUAUUAACAGAGGAUGAGAUAAGAGAAGAGGUAAGUAUAAAACCAAGCAUUAAGCAAGUAUUGACUGACUGUAAAAAGUACCCUUUUCAGUGGCAUGUCUAACAAGUUGCUUGGGGCCUCUUUCCAAGUGACCCUUAAUAAGAUUACACACAGCAUACAAUUGAAGUGAAUGUGUAGAUGAGGUGUUGUGUUUAAUCAUAUAUAUCUCACUCAAAUAUCUAGAGGAAACAUUUUUGUCGAAGGAGACAAAUGUCAGUUUUAAUUUGUUAACUAUGGCAACAUCAAAAUCAUUUUUUCCUCAUCAAAAAAUAUUGUAGGAACGAUCAAAAUUCUAGUAAAGGUAUUUCAUGAAGAUGAAAAAUAAAAUGUAUACACAACUGUUGGUGUGUCUGGUGCCAAAAGAUUCCUUUUUGUCUAACCUCGACCCAAAAGGUUUUAUCGUUUGAGUCUGAGGUGAGGUUAGAUGAUGCUCACUUGAGGCAGGACUUUUAAUUGGGACUUUGUUUUUUUCCGGCUUUACUCAGAGAGGUUAAAGUUCGAGGACAUUUACCUGGAAAACUUUCCUUCCCUCUUAUUUGGACUGCAACAACAUUGUGUUUGUCUGUAAUUUUCUCAUUUAUAUUUUUAUUCUAGUUCAUUGUCACAAGUGUAGAGGGUUUGGCCACGUAUGUGCCCAAUGCCCGACGCGGCCUGGUUGUGCCCCACCAUCAGCAAGAAAAGCAACCGGCAGAUCAAGCAAAGGAAGUGAUGGUGAAAAACUAUCAUUUUCAUGCCUCUCUUGACAAUGUAAGAUUUCACUAAUAAGUUUAGCAAGUUAUCUAACAUUGCCAAGAGGUUUCAUAGAUAACUCCCCAAAGUUUGGAAUCAAUCACAAUAGAUACUUAGCACCAUGUUAACAACAAACUUCAGUUUCAGGUUAGGUGUUAGAUGUUUGUGACUUCGAUUAAUUUAGCUAUGUAAACAUGAAAGUAAAAUUUCAUUUAAAGAUGCUGUCAAAUUGAAUUUCCAGACAACAGCAGCAUUUGAUUUUCUAAUGGCAACAAAAAAGUCCUAUUUUCACUACUGGCUAAAAAUGGUUUAUUCUAUUCAUAUUCAAUGACAUGUAAUGCCAUGGGUGGCAGGAUAUUCUGCAGUUUAACCAAAAUUUUAUAUUAGCAUGUACUAAAAAGACUGGUUAAGUAAUUUUCUUAUUGAGCAUGUGAUAUAAACAGAAAUUCAGGAUAAAAAACAUUCCGGUAAAUGACUUAUGUGAAAUGUGACUGCACAGAGAGUCAAUAAUGACUCCUAAGUUUCAAUGUGGUGCGACCUGCACUAAAGGUCCAGACCAUGAAAUGUUGGCCUGUGAGAGUACAACUCCACACUGUAAUCCGCACUUAGAAGGCAAGCCAACUGUAGGAAAGCCGUCGUGUGAAAUCUAAGCAACAAAGAUGAAUGAAAAACUAGAUAAAAAAACAUCUUCAACAGCAUGUUACAGCCACCAUUGCAAAAUGGUCACUUUCAGAAGCUUUGAAGCUUAGGUAACUUAGCUGAGCAUAGACUGGAAGCUAUCUUCAAUGAUAGUAAACCAUGUGACAAGUGCUCUGUUCACUGUGACAAAUCCAGCGAGGAAUAAGUAUCUUGAAUCAUGACAUAGCAUGGUUUACACUUUGUGUAAACCACACAAAAACAGUUACAGGAUAAACCAAUAAUUGCAUAAAAACUUAGGCAAAUGCAAGCACAAAAAACAAAGUUUAUUUCCAACAGAAAGCCCAGGUGAACACAAUUAUGCAUUUAGUUUCAUUCUGAUAUUGACAUUGGUUUAACAGUCUCUUCUCUCUACAUUCUGCUGAUUCAUUUGCAAUUUUUUGUCUUUGAUACUUAGAUUGCCAGCCUCUUUCUUCUUGAUUCAGAAGAUUCAUUUGCAUGUUUCUUUUCCCUGUUCAGACGCUGCUGGGCCAGCCUUUUUUCCCUUGAUUCCUCACUUUCAUUUACCCUUCUUUGUUUCUCAUAUUCAUGUCUAGCAAUCAAUCGAUUUUCUUUUUCUUCUGGCAUUUCAGUUAAAAACUUUUGCUUCCUUUUCAUAUGAUGUGUUUGGUUUCUUUUAUUUCUGAAGGGCAAAUGUUCAAUUUUUGGACUCUUGUGAACAUUUUGCAAAUCAGGUUCAUUAUCUCUGACAAAGACACCUUUAAUUUCAAAAGGAACAACCCCUAUUUGUAAGCAGGAAAUUUUCAAAUAUGAUACAAGGUUUUCAAUUCCUUCAAUGGUAAUCAUAGUACAUUUCUCAAAUGAGUGGGGCAUCCCAUGCAAAUCCCUGGAAUGAGCAUCAAAAAUUUUAAAGCUUUGUUCUGAAUUCUUAAUCACUACACCAGUAUUAAUUCCAAUCGUCAACAAACAACAAUUGUAGUUAAGUUGACAAUUUGUAAUCACUUCUGUCAGAGAAUUUUGAAGAGACAUGUAUGGCCCAUUAUUUGAAGUCAUGAACAAACUUCUUGUUAAUGACUCACUAUAUUCUUAUGUGUAUACUUUAUUGUAAAUUGAAACAAUGCAUAGAACAUCAGUUAAAAGCAAAUAAUCAUUUGUCUGGACAGAACAUCUUAUAGAAGUAUACAAAUUUUUUCCAAUGGUAAGAAUAUUAUUCAAAAUGGAAGAAGUCCACAAAUUGAUAUCUUCUAUGUGAUGAUAAAUAAUAGCAGUAAUUGACAUUGCUACACAUUACUUACCAGCAUUUUCACCAAAGAGAGCUUCAUUUCCUUAACUGUAGUCAGCACAUAUUGUUCUUGUUAGUUCGAUGACAUCAAAUAUUGUAGGGCCUGGAUUUUCCUCUACAUCAUUUGCCUGCCUUAUAAGCAAUGGAAAAUUGGCAUUGUAGAAAAUCAUUUGUGAAAACUAAAACAUCACAUCAUUCCACAUUUUGUGUUGUCCAACAACUUGUUUCAAUGUUGGCGUCCUUCUGUCUCGGGAGACAAUGGAGUUGCGCCCAUGGUCAGUCUGUGGUGGAGCUGCAGCGCCGGCUGUGGCUGUAGAGACCGAUCCUUGAGCGGCAGAUCCUGCUGCAGUUGCUGCAUGCGAAGACGUUGUCGUCCGAGGGGGAUGGGUUGGCCUCUGCUCUCUGGCGCCUGCGAGCUCUCUUGUCUUCCCACUGCUCCUCUCUUUUCUGCUCUGCUGUCUUGAUGGCUGACAUGGUGGUGGAUCGCCAGCCGCUGCGGUCCGCUGCCAGUGCUUCGAAGCCUGCUGGCGCAAUGCCACCCGCCUUCAGGUCCCGCUUAAGCACAUCCUUGUAGCGGAGCGAAGGUCGUCCAGUGGGCCUGGACCCAGUGGCAAGCUCACCGUACAGAAUGUCUUUCGGUAGCCUGCCAUCUUGCAUGCGGGUGACAUGACCGAGCCAUCGCAGGCGUCUCUUGGUUAGCAGGGCGUACAUGCUCACAGUUCCUGCCCUUGCUAGGACUUCAGUGUUUGGGAUGCGAUCCUGCCAGGUGAUGCCGAGGAUUCUCCUGAGGCAACGCAGGUGGAAAGCAUUGAGCCUGCGUUCUUGCCGGGUGUAGGGAGUCCAACUCUCGCUGCCGUACAGCAGUGUGCUCAGCACACACGCCUGGUACACUUGCGUCUUGGUCUUGAUGGUGAGCAUAGUGUUCUCCCACACUCUCUUGGUCAGUCGGGCCAUAGCUGUUGAGGCCUUGCCGAUCCUCGUGUUCAGCUCGGUGUCCAGGCUGAGGUUGCUGGAGAUGGUGGACCCAAGAUAGGUAAAGUCCUCCACCACAUCAAGGGUACAGUCACCUAUGGAGAUGCUGGGAGCAGUGCUGACGUCUUGGCCCAGGAUGUUGGUCUUUUUUAUGCUGAUUGUGAGGCCAAACUGUGAACAGGCAUGGGCAAAGCAGUUGAUGAGCUCCUGGAGGGCAGUUUCGGUGUGAGCUGUGAUGGCGGCAUCAUCAGCAAAGAGCAUCUCCCGGAUGAGGACUUUGCGCACCUUUGUCUUGGCUCGGAGGCGUGACAGGUUGAACAGGCUACCGUCGCUCCUGGUGUGCAGGUAGAUGCCCUCUUCGGAUUGGCUGAAGGCGUAGCGCAGCAGCAGGGAGAACAGGAUGCCAAAAAGUGUCGGCGCGAGGACACACCCUUGUUUGACGCCGCUCUUGAUGGGGAAGGGGUCCGAGGAGGAGCCAUCGUACUGGACAGUACCUUUCAUUUCCUUGUGGAAGGAGGUGAUCAUCCUCAGUAGCUUGGGGGGGCAUCCAAUCCUGUGCAGGAGUGUGAACAAACCUGACCUGCUGACCAGGUCGAACGCUUUGGUCAGGUCUAUGAAAGCGAUGUACAGGGGGCGUCUCUGCUCACGGCAUUUCUCUUGUAGCUGCCUCAGAGAGAAGAUCAUGUCGAUCGUAGACCUUUCAGCUCGAAAUCCGCACUGUGAUUCUGGGUACACACGCUCUGCCAGUGACUGCAGUCUGUUCAACACGACGCGGGCAAAGGUCUUGCCGACGAUGCUGAGGAGGGAUAUUCCGCGAUAGUUAUUGCAAUCGCUGCGAUCACCUUUGUUUUUGUAGAGCGUGAUGAUGUUGGCGUCACGCAUGUCCUGAGGCACACUUCCUUCCUCCCAGCAUUGUAGCAGAAGUUCGUGGAGAUGUUCGAGAAGACUGGUCUCUUUGCCUGCUUUUAUGACCUCUGGCGGAAUGCCAUCGUUGCCUGGGGCUUUGCCGCUGGCUAGGGAGUCUAUGGCCUUACUGAGCUCCUCGAUAGUGGGUGGGUCAUCAAGCUCUUCCAUGACUGGCAGGGGGCUCGUGUUCUCCACUGCUGUGUCAGUCACGACGGUCUCCCUGGAGUACAGCUCCUGGUAAUGUUCCGCCCAUCUCGCCAUUUGCUUUGCACGGUCUGUGAUGAUUUCGCCAGUGGUUGACUUGAGAGGGGCAGUCUUGAUUACGCAUGGGCCGAAGGCUUUCUUCGUUCCCUCAUACAUGGCUCGAAUGUUGCCGCAGUCAGCCGAUGUCUGGAUGCCUUGACAUAGGUUCUGCCAGUAGUUGUUGGCGCACUGUCUAGCAAUCUUUUGGGCUUCACUUCUGGCUCGUCUGAGGGCAGUCAGAGUCUUUUCACAGGGGUCUUUCUUGUAGUUCAGUAGGGCAGUUCUCUUGGAUGAGAUGGCUGGCUCAAGUUCCUCGAUUCCGGCUUCGAACCAGUCGGGGUUUUUGCGCUCUCUCUUUCCAAAAGUGUCCACUGCAGAUUUGUAUGUAGCGUCACGAAUGUGGUUCCAUCUAUCCUCAGCGCAGCUAGUUGGACAGUCGCUGAGGGCCUCUUGGAUGGCAUCUGCGAAACGUCCGCGUAGUUCAGGCACAGAGGUCACGGCUGUAUUGAUGCGGGGACGUCCUUUGUGCUUUGAGUGGUGGAUUCGCUUGGGUUGGAGACACACUUUGCUGGCGACCAUAGAGUGGUCGGUGUUGCAGUCAGCGCUGUGGUAGCUACGGGUGGACAGGACACUGUUCAGCAGGGGUCUGCGGGUGAUCACGAGAUCCAGCUGGUGCCAGUGACGGGAUCUGGGGUGCCGCCAAGACACUCUGUGGUGAGGUUUCGUGGUGAAGAACGUGUUUGUGAUGCAGAGGUCAUGGAAGGAGCAUAGCUCGAGGAGACGCUGCCCGUUCUCGUUGAGUUUGCCUACGCCAAAGUGGCCGAUGCAUCGAGGCCAGGAGGUGAAGUCUGAACCAAUCCGGGCGUUGAAAUCGCCAAGCAGGUACAGGUGUUCUAAGGGGGGUAUUUCCUUGAUGGCGGUCUCAAGCUGGCUGUAGAACUCGUCCUUAGCCUCUGCUGUAGAGCAAAGCGUGGGGGCAUAGGUGCUCAUGAUGUUCACAGGGCCUGAGGUUGUUGUGAGGCGGAGGGAAAGGAUGCGGGCUGUGCCUUCUGAAGGUGGUUCGACUGAGGGCAGUAGGGAGUUCCUAACCGCAAAGCCUACACCAUGCACACGAUGCUCCUCUGGAGCUUUCCCCUGCCAGAAGAAAGUAUAGUCCUCCUCUUUCAGGCUGCCAUUGGAUGGAAGUCUAGUUUCCUGCAGUGCUGCUAUGUCAAUGUUGAGCCUCUUGAGCUCUCGGCUGAUGACUGCUGUCUUCCUUGCGUCAUCGAUCUGUUGGAGAUCGUCGGAGAGGCCAGGGCACAUGGUCCUGACAUUCCAAGUUGCCAGUCUCAGCGCUGGCGGCUUUGAUGUCUUUCUUCUUCUUUUGUCUGGUGCGGGAUUUACAGUCCGCUCUUCGGUGUUGUCCUUAGCUCCAAGCACCCAUUGAAGCAGGCAGACUGUGACGGGUCAGCACCUUACUGGCUGGGGGCUGCCCAGCUUGAGGCGGGCGAUAGCUGAUCAGUGGGACGCGAAGAUCCCUCCCACCGUCGGAGACAGCCCCUGGCGUCCGAGCUCACGCCAAUACGCUCUGGGCUUAUAACCGGUAUCUGCUGUCUCCCGUGUUGUUUCUGUCGCUGGAACAGCGGCAGUGGAGUGACCUCUCCAGGGCGCAAGCCUGGGCGGAGUGUGUGGAGAUCCUGGGUUGCCCAGUCGACAGGACCCCCCUCUCGGCCUCACCGGUGUAGUCCAAAGGAAUGCAGAGCAGUACGUUUGGCACCAGGUUGGCUGCAGGAGCUGCCGGAGUCAGUGAGCACUGCACGCUGGUCCGCCUUCGGGGCUCCACUCCUGAUUUGAAGGGUUUACUCCCCUACACAUGGCCGUUGGAUCUUCAGAUCUCCUCCGCCCUCUAGCCGUUGGCUGCCUGGAGCAGCUCCUCCGCCUAGUAGUGAUGCAGUGUAAACAUCACCCCCUCACGUGGUUUAGCCCGCCAGCUGAGGCGGUGUGCCGGGGUGUGGCGCUUGGAGCCAGCACGUGAGAGAUUUAUCACAAACAUUAAACUCCAAAAAUGAUCAUUAAAACACAGCGUUAACUAAGGAACGAGAGAACUUGAAGGAAAGUUAUGUGAGAGGCCAAUGAUCUGGUUCGCAAUGAUCAUGCGAACAGCACGUUUUUCUGAGAUCAGUUGAAGUUUGCUAAAGCCGGAAUAGUAUUGAUCAAAUUUUCCGUUGCCUCCGGCGAAAGCUACUAUUAGAAGACAACUACUCGAGUUUUUUAACCAGUCCCAGGUCGCGUACCGCUCGCUCGAUCGCAAGAUAUGAUUGGCCAUUGUAUCACAUUACGUCAGAGGAGUUAUAAACAAGCACUACAGACAAACGUCGUUACUACUAGGAAAGAGUUCAUACAAGUGUAGUGGAACAACGAAAUGACUUGUCUUCUGCGUGGAAAAUUAUUUUAUUCAUAUGGGUCAAAUUUCCUUAAAAGCCAUACCUUCACAAAAAUGACCCCAAGGUUUAGCUCGCAAAAUUUACCGAGAUGGCGAAAGUUCUUUCUUCCUCCCAAAAAGAUCGCACGUGUGGUAAUAAUAGCUGGAGGAGUUGUCGCCACAGCGUGUGGAGGAAUUUUCUAUUGGAGCUCAGGUACGAUUGAUUCAAAUAAAAUGCUAUAAGUAUGAGAACAAUCAUUGUAAUAUUUUUCAGCUUUGACGUAUGUUAUUGUUAUAUUCAUUAAGUCGGACAGAGAAGAAACAUCAUAAGCGAUCGAUGUUAUGAAUGUUGUAAAUAAAUGCAAAAAAUCUAAUAGAUUUAAUUUUUUUGGUGGAUCGCCACUUUUUACUGAUUUAGUAUCCGAUGUUGAGACAGUUAAUUAUUUCUCGAUUGGCUCAUCGAGUUCAGAUGCUUGUUAAUAAUUUGUUGGUUCUUAGUGCAUAAUUUUUCGAUUUCACGUGUUGUGUCGGAUGUGACUUUCGUUGUUUCCAAACUCCGUUUUUUCUGUGCCGGAAGUGAAUCUUUCAGCGAUGAGCGGUUACUUAGCCCCUAACAAUAUAGCGGAAACUCAAUUCGAUGAUGAUGAGACGGGAAUACGACGCCGAGCAGGACAGCGAAGAAAGCUUCAUUCGGUAUUAUUUUUUCAGAGGCUUUGAGUACAAAGAAAUAAUUUUGCUCCUAUUGAAAAACCAUGGCAUUGAAAUGAACCUAAGAACCUUGAAAAGACGAAUCAAGAGUUACGGUCUUAGGAGACAACAACUAGAAUACAAUAUCGAUCAGGUCAGAGCAUCUGUCCUAACUAUUAUUGACGGCCAUGGAUCUUUGCAAGGGUACAGGUCGGUGUGGCACACACUACAGCUAAGAGGCACCAGAUAACCGCGCGUCGUUGUAAAGGAACUUCUUCGAGAGAUGGACCCGGAAGGCUCUGAAUUAAGAAAAGCACACCGCCUGAGGAGGAGGAUUUAUCAAAACCCAGGUCCAAACUACUCAUGGCAUUGCGAUGGCUAUGAUAAACUGAAACCAUUCAGUUUUCCGAUUUAUGGUUGCAGGAGCAGGAAGAUCAUCUGGUUAUAUGUAACGCGAUCCAAUAACCAGCCAAACAACGUAGCAGCCUAUUUUCUUGAUGCUGUUGGAGAGUAUUGUGGAUGCCCAGUUGAUCUCGUUACUGAUCUGGGUACUGAAAAUGGAAUUAUUGCGGCCAUACAGUCUUUUUUCAGCGAUGACCCAGAUAGCCAUAGAUAUGUGCCAUCACCUCGAAACUAACUUAGACGUGAUUUUAUUUGACAAUCUACGCGCUUAACGCCCUGAAAAUACUUAAUCAGAUACAUCGCUGUACGCACGCAGAACUAGUUUGAUUAUUCCGUGCCGGAACAUUCCUGCUACAUUCUUCGCAUCUACUGUAGCAGUAACGAAAUAUCAACUCGCUUGAUAUAUAAUCAAACACAUGAAACAAAAAAGACGUCAAUUUUGAGCAUAGAAACGCUUCACGAUAGUAGAAAUGAGUUCGUAAACGGGUAGUGGGUGGUAGACUCAAUUCGCGGUUUGUUUACAUCAAAAGUCACGUGACAGUACACGUGAACUCUAAAGCCUAAAAGGUGAAUUAAGUGUGUUGUGUAUCAAGCAAUUCACUUCCUAGUUAGCAAUUAUUAGUUUUGUCAAAAGAGGUCUUUUCGCUAUUUAUGAUAACAUUUUGCUAUUCUUCUUACUUGUCUGUCUGUUUGUUUUUUUGUUUAUUGCCAAUAGGAGCUGAUACAACCCCUAAGGAUAAUAACUCAGGCUACCAAGCAGUAGAAUAUGCUGGGACUGGAAGCAUGAUAGGAUUCUGGACUAAAAUAAAGGAUAUGGUACGAUGUUAACGUCUAUCUAAAGCUAUCCUUCAAAUUUUUGUGAGCUGUGCUUGCAUUGUAUAGAGCAAAUAUCACAAUAUUUUUUUUAAUUGUAUCGUCAAUAUUAAAAGAUGGUAAAAUUUCAAUCAAGAGAAAUAACGGAUAUUGCAGCUGUAUUUUGUAAUUGAAAUGACACAACUUGUUUUUCAGUGUUUGAAAGGAAAAGAGAGGAGAGAGAUUGAGGAAAGUUGGUGCUAUCCUUUGGAGAUGAGAUUGAAAGACAAUAUUAUAGGACAAGAAGGAGCCAUUCUCACAGUUGCUGCAGGUAUGAUUUUCUAUGCGUCAAAAUCAGUUUGGAAGACUACAGUUUGGCAAUUUUGGGAGUAAUAUUCUACUGACUCUGUUUUUCAUUUGUUUGCAGCAAUUCGUAGAAGAGAAAAUGGUUGGUAUGAUGGAGAACAUCCCCUUGUGUUUCUCUUUCUUGGAUCUUCAGGGAUUGGUAAAUUUCAGUGCUUUUUUGGAACAUAUUUAGUUUACACAUGAAUUUAGUCACAAAACAUACGCGAUCUGAUAUUUCAUUAUUAAUGACUGUGACGUUUCAUUAUUCUCUUUGAAUGUUCCUUCCUGUAGGAAAAACAGAGCUUGUCAAACAAGUGGCUCGUUGUCUUCAUAAAGACAACAGGAAGGUAGUGCAGGAUUUUUUUUCAAUUGUAUUUGGUUAAUAAUUUGUUGAAGUAUUUAAAAGUUGCUUUCUCUCUCCCAGUGUUUGGUAAGACUGGACAUGUCUGAAUACCAAGAAAAGCAUGAGGUAAGAGUUGAUUUAAAUGAAAAACUCAAAGAACGUUCUCAGAAAAAGGAAACUUUCCUUUGACAUAGACAACUAAGGUAAAAGGUUUAUACGGGUAGCCAAGAGGGGAGGGGGGGGGGGAUAGUGGGGCACUAAAAAAGUUCAAGAUUCCCCAGAGACUCUCAAUUCCCAUUGGCUUGUUGUGAUAUUUUCCUUUGUUUUUAUUGGCUGUUGUACUUGCUUUGGUUUCGGUUUUACACUCAAACAAAUAGCGCUUAAACUGGAACUUAAACAUCUUUCUUUCAAGGUUGCGAAAAUGAUCGGUGCACCACCAGGUUACCUUGGACACGAUCAAGGCGGACAAUUGACAAAGGAACUCAUAAAGUGUCCAAACGCUGUGGUGUUAUUUGACGAGGUAAGAAAUAAACGAUCCUCAAUUUUCUUAGACGUUUUUUUUUUUGUGUGACUAAAAUCACUGGGCUCAUCUCAUUUUUUAAUGUCUUUUUAGGUGGAGAAGGCCCACCCAGACGUUUUAACAGUCAUGCUCCAAUUGUUUGACGAGGUAGCAUCUAUACUUAAAUUUGAGUGAAGAUUGUUUUUUUUCUUCAAUUUGAGUCAUACUAGGUUUGAAAAUUUUUCAUUUUGUUGUUUUACUUCUUUUUAAGUUUUGAUGAAAAAAAAAACCUCUGUUUUGGAUUCAGGGUCGUUUGACGGACGGACAAGGGAAGACAAUUGUAUGCAAAGACGCCAUUUUUGUGAUGACUUCAAACCUUGCUAGUGAAGAAAUAGCAAAUCACGUAUUGGAGCUGAGAAGAGAAGCAAAACUAGGCGCUGAACAAAGACAAGAAGGUGAAUUUUGUUGUGAAGGCUUAAAUUUCGCUGAUGUUGGACGACGAAAUGCGGGAUGAAUUUGGACAGACGUGCAACAUUUCUAACCACAAAUUUGCACCUCGUUCAAGUUACUCGUAAAAUAAUAGCCAGUCUGGCUGGAAUACAAUGGGAGAAGGGAGGGGAAUGAGGAAAACGAGGAAAAAAUUAACACAAACACACUAAACCAAAGUUGGUCUCAGGAAAAAAAAGUUUGUUCUUUUUUUUCCAAUGUGUAUGCCUUCUCGUGUUGCAUGUGCAGGAUAUCACUGUGUUUCUUUUCAGGUGAUGAAGUCAGCGAAAAAGUUACUUUAUCGAGAAAUUUUAAAGAAAGAGUGGUCCAGCCUAUUCUGAAGGUAAACAUUCCUUUGGCGAUAAAUUGCAACAAACGUGGUAAACAUUUCCGUAGCGAUAAAUUGCAACAAACCUGGGUUUAUGAAGUUGAGAAAAAUGAGUGAUGUCUUGAGAAUUCGUGAGUAUUCAUUCUUUUAAAGCUAAAGGGUAGUUAUCAUAACAUGUUCUCUAGCGCUUUUUGUUUCUCUUCGUAUCGACAGAGUCAAUUCGGACGUGACGAGUUCCUGGGUCGCAUCAAUGAGAUUGUGUACUUCCUGCCAUUUUCACGCCCAGAGCUUUUAAGCUUAGUGACGAAAGAGCUGGAUUACUGGUCAAGAAUGGUCUGUAAUGUGCUCUCCUGUAACAUUUUGUAAAUGAUCUCGAGCAGUUGUUAAAGAAGUAAUCUAAGUCCCUGCCCAAUUUCUUCUUUGUUUGAAUACAGGCGUUGAAUCGACACAAUAUCCACAUGACUUGGGAUAAAGAAGUCUUGAAUGUACUGGCUGGUGGCUAUGACGUACGUUACGGUGCGAGGUCUAUCAAACACGAAGUAAGAUCGAUUAUGUUUUUACGACUUUACCUUUUGGUCUAAUUUUACCCUCCCCUCCUCCAUUAAAACACUCACACCUCUUGUUUUCGACGGCUUUUUGUCAGGUUUUUUCUCUUCUCUUCACUGAAGCGUUAUACAUGUACUACAAUUCAACGCCAAACAUAGUGAGGAAUUGAAACUAACAUGAAACUUUUUCAUAUAACCGGCACUAAAACAAUGAAAUGGAGGAAAAAUAAUCACCGUUGAAAGGAGAAUGUGUUGCUGGCAAAUAGUGGAAAUGCUGGUGACACAAUCCGAAAUUGUACGAAAUGCUGUGGCUGUUGGAAAGUGCAGAAAGUCUUUCUUUGUAGUGUGGUAAUGUAUUCAUAGUCGGAGGACCCUCACCUAAAUAUUUGCUAUUAUUUGAAUUAUUCUCAUGCAAAAAUUAUUGUUUGUGAUGCAGGUUGAAAGAAGAGUUGUCAAUCAACUUGCUGAUGCGCAAGAGCAAGGGUUAAUAAGUCGUGGAUGCACUCUACACUUAACAGUGAGCUACCCCAAAGAUAAAACAGGACGGAACUCAGAGGAAGUAGCUCCUACCAUCAAACUGCAACACAUUACGGAAGCAGGGCAUGAAAUUGCACCUAAUACAGGUGCCAAUGAGAAUAAAUUUUUCUCUUUGGCGACUAAAUUUUUCUCUCUGGUGACCAAAUCCUGAAAAUUAGGCACCAAACUGGCAACUAGAAUGCUUCAUCAUAACCUUACCUAAAGAUAUAAUGAGCUAAAAAGAUUUGCAAAAGUAAAUCCGCAGCAAACUUUAAGUUUGUUUCCAAAACACAGCACAUGCAUCUCAAUCGCUGACUAGACGCCAUUUUGGAUUUAGGUGAGCUUAAAGGUUGUAUAUCAUCCAUCCUAGAGUCCACUUUGUGGCACAUAAAAGAUCUUUUUCCUAACUUCAUUUGUUUGUUUCUCUUUAAAAAUGGCGACCAACUUUUUUUGAAUCGGGUACCACUUUGAAAAAUUUAGGAGCCUAGUGGCUCUCAGAAAAAAAAUUAAUUUCAUGCCCUGCAUUGAUGUUGGAAACUAUUUUGUUCCUGAAGAUAAACUGUUCUGUUGAAAAAGAGAAAACAAGCAACAAUUGACCCAGGAAUGGAAAUGAAUUUGAAGACACUUGGUCUUGAGGAUUCAAGACCAACUGUAGAUAUUUAUACCAUUUUGGUCUUUCUGUCAUGGUUAUGCUUGUCAUUUAUUGACAUUGCAGUGAAAUUUGUGUAAAAUGAGUACAAUAGGAG